GUCGCGCCAUUGAAGAAGAGCGCGACGAACUGCGUGAAGACCGCGCGCAGGGCGAACGCGGCGAGGCCCGGGACCCGGAAGGCCGCGGAGAACGAGGCCGCGCCGACGGAGCAGAACAGGUUGCCGAAGAUCACGGGGAUCGCGGCACAGCACGCGGAGAGCUUGCCGAUGCUAUUGUGGACGCCGAAGGCGGCCUUGUGGAAGCACGGGUGGGCGCGGAAGAUCAAGUGCAACGGGCUGCUGCCGUUGGUCAUCGGG